CAGGUGGAGUAAGUCACAGGAAUCAGAGUUUACACAGGUGGGACGAACACGCUGCGCAGCCCCCACCGCCCCCGCGUCCCAGGUGUAAAGAAGCCCGAGGAUGCGAGAUGUGGACCCUUUCUUUUCCGCACGGGAUCUCGCGGGCUUCCUCCUCCCUGAGACGCCUUGAUUUAGCGUUUCCAAACAGACGGCCCGCUCCUGGGGGGCUGGAAGUCAUCGCUGGGUUACUUCUCCCUCCCCCAAGAACUUUUUGUCCGCGAGAGGGGCAGAGGACAGGAGACAGGGAGAGCUGGGGAACGAGGAGGAAAUUAUCCACAGAGGGGAGGGGGCGAGGAGGGGAGGGUGGCAAGGCAGUAAGGUCAGAAGUGCUGAGGCUGGGGGGCUUUGGGGACGCCUGGCGCUCCCCCGCUCCAGCCCUCUGCAGCAGCCCUUUCCGCCGCGGACACGGGAGAGUUAAGCCAAUAAACACGUAAGCGCCGCUCCCUCCCCAAUCGGCAAGAUGCCUCUCCGGCUCUGGGCUGCACCGACAGCUUGCAACGCUCGGCAUCUUUUCUGGAGGCGCCUCCUUCGGCGGCCGCAGAUGGCAUCCGGCUGCGGGCUCGGGGCUCGCCAUUGAUUCUCCCCUGGCCCACCCCGGGUCCGCGGACGCACCUCUCCCUUCCCCUCCCCCCCUCCGCUCCUGGGUCUGAGCCCGCUGGCCUCGCGGGCAGAGGGAGCAGUCGCGGCGGCCGAGCUGAGCAGCAGCAGCAGCAGCAGCGCGCUCGCUCCCUGACCGGGGGACAGGCGCCCGCCCGGGAGAACUGCCCCUCCGGCGCCCCCACCUUUUGCACCCCAAGCCGGGGGCUCCGGGGACCCCCCUCCCCAGGCGCCACCAUGCUGGACCCUUCGUCCAGCGAGGAGGAAUCGGAUGAGAUCGUGGAGGAGGAGAGCGGCAAGGAGGUGCUGGGCUCGGCCGCGUCCGGCGCGCGCCUGUCCCCCAGCCGCACGAGCGAGGGCUCGGCCGGCAGCGCGGGGCUGGGCUGGCGCGCGGCCGGGGCCGGGCCGGGGCGGCGCCGGCGCGGCGGCAGCGGCGGAGCCAGCGGCUUUGGCCGGGGGGGUCUGCAGCCCAGCAGCCGCGCCGGCGGCGGCCGGCCCUCCAGCCCCAGCCCGUCGGUGGUGAGCGAGAAGGAGAAGGAAGAGUUGGAGCGGCUGCAGAAGGAGGAGGAGGAGAGGAAGAAGAGGCUGCAGCUCUAUGUGUUCGUGAUGCGCUGCAUCGCCUACCCCUUCAACGCCAAGCAGCCCACCGACAUGGCCCGCCGGCAGCAGAAGAUCAGCAAACAGCAGCUGCAGACAGUCAAGGACCGGUUCCAGGCUUUCCUCAAUGGGGAAACCCAGAUCGUGGCUGACGAAGCCUUCAUGAAUGCUGUCCAGAGUUACUACGAGGUGUUCCUCAAGAGCGACCGUGUGGCCCGCAUGGUGCAGAGCGGGGGCUGCUCGGCCAACGAUUCCCGCGAGGUCUUCAAGAAGCACAUCGAGAAGCGGGUGCGCAGCCUGCCCGAGAUCGACGGGCUCAGCAAGGAGACGGUGCUGAGCUCCUGGAUGGCCAAGUUCGACGCCAUCUACCGCGGGGAGGAGGACCCCAGGAAGCAGCAGGCCCGCAUGACGGCCAGCGCGGCCUCCGAGCUGAUCCUGAGCAAGGAGCAGCUCUAUGAGAUGUUCCAGAACAUUCUCGGCAUCAAGAAGUUUGAGCAUCAGCUCCUGUACAACGCCUGCCAGCUGGACAACCCAGACGAGCAGGCCGCCCAGAUCAGACGGGAGCUGGAUGGGCGUCUCCAGAUGGCAGACCAGAUAGCCAGGGAACGCAAAUUUCCCAAGUUCGUAUCCAAAGAAAUGGAAAACACAUACAUCGAGGAGCUGAAGUCCUCCGUCAACUUGCUCAUGGCCAACUUGGAGAGCAUGCCCGUGUCCAAAGGUGGGGAAUUCAAGCUCCAGAAACUCAAGCGCAGCCACAACGCUUCCAUCAUCGACAUGGGCGAGGAGAGCGAGAACCAGCUGUCCAAGUCGGACGUCGUGCUGUCUUUCUCCUUGGAGGUGGUGAUCAUGGAGGUCCAGGGCCUCAAAUCCUUGGCUCCGAACCGCAUCGUGUAUUGCACCAUGGAGGUGGAAGGCGGGGAGAAGCUGCAGACCGACCAGGCCGAGGCGUCCAAGCCAACCUGGGGCACCCAGGGUGACUUCUCCACGACCCACGCCCUGCCGGCCGUGAAGGUGAAGCUGUUCACUGAGAGCACAGGCGUCCUGGCCCUGGAGGACAAGGAGCUCGGGCGGGUUAUUCUCCAUCCCACCCCAAACAGCCCCAAGCAGUCAGAGUGGCACAAAAUGACAGUCUCCAAAAACUGCCCCGAUCAAGAUCUCAAAAUCAAACUUGCCGUCCGCAUGGAUAAGCCCCAAAACAUGAAGCAUUCUGGGUAUUUAUGGGCCAUCGGUAAGAAUGUCUGGAAGAGAUGGAAGAAAAGGUUUUUCGUCUUGGUGCAGGUGAGCCAGUACACGUUCGCCAUGUGCAGUUAUCGGGAGAAGAAGGCAGAACCCCAGGACCUUCUACAGCUGGAUGGCUACACUGUGGAUUACACCGACCCCCAGCCAGGUUUGGAGGGUGGCCGAGCCUUCUUCAAUGCAGUCAAGGAAGGAGAUACGGUGAUAUUCGCAAGUGACGACGAGCAAGAUCGCAUCCUGUGGGUCCAAGCCAUGUACCGGGCCACUGGGCAGUCACACAAGCCCGUGCCCCCGACCCAGGUCCAAAAGCUCAACGCCAAGGGGGGGAACGUGCCCCAGCUGGAUGCUCCCAUCUCUCAAUUUUACGCAGAUAGAGCUCAAAAGCAUGGCAUGGAUGAAUUUAUCUCUUCCAACCCCUGUAACUUUGACCACGCUUCCCUCUUUGAGAUGGUACAACGCCUUACUUUGGAUCACAGACUUAAUGAUUCCUAUUCUUGCCUGGGCUGGUUCAGUCCCGGCCAGGUGUUCGUGCUGGACGAGUACUGCGCCCGGAACGGAGUCCGAGGGUGUCACCGGCAUCUCUGCUACCUCAGAGACUUGCUGGAACGGGCAGAAAAUGGCGCCAUGAUCGACCCCACCCUCCUCCACUACAGCUUCGCCUUCUGUGCGUCCCACGUGCACGGGAACAGGCCCGAUGGGAUAGGAACCGUGACUGUGGAAGAAAAGGAACGCUUUGAAGAAAUCAAAGAGAGACUCCGUGUCCUGUUGGAAAAUCAGAUCACGCAUUUUAGGUAUUGCUUUCCAUUUGGUCGACCUGAAGGUGCUUUAAAAGCUACCCUCUCACUCUUGGAAAGGGUUUUGAUGAAAGAUAUCGUUACCCCAGUACCCCAAGAGGAGGUCAAAACUGUCAUCCGUAAAUGUCUGGAGCAGGCUGCUCUGGUGAACUAUUCCCGGCUCUCAGAGUAUGCCAAAAUCGAAGGGAAAAAGAGAGAAAUGUAUGAGCAUCCUGUCUUCUGCUUGGCCUCCCAAGUGAUGGAUUUAACCAUUCAGAAUCAAAAGGAUGCAGAAAAUGUAGGCCGGUUAAUCACUCCCGCCAAAAAACUUGAAGACACAAUACGUCUUGCUGAACUAGUCAUUGAAGUUCUUCAACAAAAUGAGGAGCACCACGCAGAGGCCUUUGCAUGGUGGUCAGACUUGAUGGUGGAACACGCAGAGACGUUCUUGUCACUCUUCGCGGUGGACAUGGAUGCAGCGUUAGAGGUGCAGCCUCCGGACACGUGGGACAGUUUUCCACUGUUUCAGCUGCUGAAUGAUUUUCUCCGUACUGACUAUAAUCUGUGCAAUGGAAAAUUUCACAAACACCUGCAAGACCUCUUUGCUCCACUGGUGGUUAGAUAUGUGGAUCUGAUGGAGUCCUCAAUUGCACAAUCCAUCCACAGGGGCUUUGAGCGGGAGUCAUGGGAACCAGUCAAGAGUUUAACCAGUAACCUACCCAAUGUGAACCUACCCAAUGUGAACCUUCCCAGAGUACCAAAUCUACCAGUUAACAUUCCUCUAGGCAUCCCACAAAUGCCUACCUUUUCGGCACCGUCAUGGAUGGCUGCUAUAUACGAUGUUGAUAACGGAUCAGGCACCUCGGAAGAUCUGUUCUGGAAGCUCGACGCCCUCCAGACCUUCAUUCGGGACUUGCACUGGCCCGAAGAAGAGUUUGGGAAGCAUCUGGAACAACGGCUGAAGUUGAUGGCAAGUGACAUGAUUGAGUCUUGCGUCAAAAGAACCAGGAUUGCAUUUGAAGUUAAGCUGCAAAAAACCAGUCGAUCAACAGAUUUUCGAGUCCCACAGUCAAUAUGCACCAUGUUUAAUGUUAUGGUGGAUGCCAAAGCUCAAUCAACAAAACUUUGCAGCAUGGAAAUGGGCCAAGAGCAUCAAUAUCACUCAAAAAUAGACGAACUAAUUGAAGAAACUGUUAAGGAAAUGAUAACACUCUUGGUUGCAAAGUUCGUUACUAUCUUGGAAGGAGUACUGGCAAAAUUAUCGAGAUAUGACGAAGGGACUUUGUUUUCUUCUUUUCUGUCAUUUACCGUGAAAGCAGCUUCCAAGUAUGUGGACGUACCUAAACCCGGGAUGGACGUGGCCGACGCCUAUGUGACAUUCGUCCGCCAUUCUCAGGAUGUCCUGCGUGAUAAGGUCAAUGAGGAGAUGUAUAUAGAAAGGUUAUUUGAUCAAUGGUACAACAGCUCCAUGAACGUGAUCUGUACCUGGUUGACGGACCGGAUGGACUUACAGCUUCACAUUUAUCAGUUGAAAACACUAAUUAGGAUGGUAAAGAAAACCUAUAGAGAUUUCCGGUUGCAAGGGGUCCUGGACUCCACCUUGAACAGCAAGACCUACGAAACCAUCCGGAACCGCCUCACUGUGGAGGAAGCCACGGCGUCAGUGAGCGAAGGCGGGGGCCUGCAGGGCAUCAGCAUGAAGGACAGCGACGAGGAGGAUGAAGAAGACGACUAGACCGCUGGGUCCUCCAGUCCGCUGGGGGAGGGGUGGAGUCCCCUAAUCAGUGCAUGUCCUUAGUCUGUUAGUUUAACCCCAUUAGGGAACUUUUCUGUCAACAACCACGCCCAUGAGAUGUUUACCAACACAGUUGCCAUUUUAGCUGCGUGGUGGUACCGAGAUUAGCAAACGACCUUCAGACCCACUGAUUUCCCGAUUUCCGUGUCUGUGUGUUCACAAGCGAUGUGGAGCACCAUCCUUUAAACACCGUUCAUGGAGAUUACACAGUCCAGCCGCUAGGCGUGUCCCCUGCCCUCGGCCAGGACAAACGAUGCUUCGCUCGUGUACCGAGUGUGCACGGAUGAUAAAUGAACGUGAGGACGAACACGCCGAGUACUUCCACUCCUUUGUUUUGCGUGCGCGGAUGCCAGUUGUUUAAACGAGUACGUAGAUAAUUUAAUUAAAACACAUAGAUCUGCUUUGGUUUUUUUUUUUUUUUUUUUGGAAGACAAAAGGCAAGUCUCUAACCACCAACUUUCCAUUCCUUCUGUUCCCCUACAACUAAAAAAAAAAUGACCCCUUUGUGUCCUUGUCAACCCCAUCCUUUCACUUAUUCCUAUAGUUGGCAAAAAAAAAAAAAAAAAAAGGGAUGGCUACAUACCAAUGGAUUAAUUAACUUAAUUGCCACGGCCAGGGGGCAAGCCUAUCAUGACUUAACAUCAAGCACAGUUCAGAAACAACCGUCUUCUGUCAAAAGUUUAUCCUAUUCAAUGUUACGUUUUGCUUUUAUGUUUCGAUGACUGUAUGUAAAAAAUAAAUAAAUAAAUAAAUAAAUCCGAAUAUUUAAAUUGUACAACCCCUAGACUAAAAACGUGUUUAUAAUAAGAUAUGGAUAUUUCCUUCAGUAGACUGUAACCAUAAUUUAAAUUAUUUUGUUCCACGCUGUUUUUUAUACCCGUCAUGUACAUUGCAUUUUGACCUGUAACUGCACGGCCAGUGGGGUUCGCUGCAGAGCUAUCUCUUUCUGUGUACGUAGUGGAUCCAUCUUGCUUUUGCCUUAUAUAAAGCCUACGUAUGAAAGUGUGGACACUGUGGCUUCUCAAUAAAUAACUAUUCCAAUGUCCUAAGAA